UAGAGUGGAAGUGGUAUCUGUAGUUGGACAAUAAUGCAGAGUGUUUCGAAUGGAAGUAAUGCCGCGGAAUCAGUUGGCAGCAGUGGUCCAAGCGGUAGUAAUAAACGACCCAAAAAAGGUAUUUUAAAGACAUCAAGCAGUUUUGAUCGUACAGGUGCAAGUAGCCGUAAAAGUGCUAAAUUCGAUGAACUCAACGUGCUGCAAACAUUUCAUCCAGCUGACAAAGAUUAUGGUCAUAUGAAAAUCGAUGAGCCAAAAACACCAUACACCUACAGUGAACCCGAUCCGGAACGUGAUCAAUUGGAUGCAGAAUUAUUAGCUGAAAAAUUACGCAUUGCUGCCAAUACUCAAACGCCUUCCUUUGAUGAUGAAGAUGAACUAUCAGAUGAAGAAUUUGAAGAGACGCCAGAAGAAAAAGCACGUCGCCUGGAAUUUGAACGACGUCGCAAAGAGCAUUACAAAGAAUUUGAAGCCGUAAAAUUAGCACGUAAACUAAUCGAGGAAGAGGACGACGAAGAUGAUGACGAUGAUGGCGACAAUGGAGGAGAUGCAACAAAAUCAUCCCCAACAGGGGAUGUAGCAAAUGCUCAAUCCGCAGAUCAAUUAUCAAGUAACCAAAACAAAUCAACGGCAGCAGAUUCCCGGAAAAUGGAUGUGGAUCAAACCGUGUCUUUGGGACAUUAA